GACCCAUGUUGCCCUCCGACUGAGCUGAAAGGCCAGCUGUACAUCUGUGGGAGUGAGACAGGCGGCAUUCAUCAUCAAGAACUGCAAGCAGCGGCCACGGUGAAGGAGCCACAUCCUCAAGAAAAAUGGGCAUUUAUAAUGAGAAAGGAGAAACAGCUGAAGAAUCCAAAAAAUGUGUAAUGCUACCCAAGGAAAAAUCAGAAUCUGAAAAUGGGCACAGCAGGAUUUCCAAGGUUGCCCCGGUCCUGGACGUGGGAUUUGCAGUUGGAGGGUGGACUGCAAGUGACCCCAUUUCCCAGGUGGAGAGGUACGACACUCAGACACAUGAAUGGAGGCGUGUUACAUCGAUGCCUAAACCCUGCCAUGAUUUUGGCACAGGUGUACUGGAUGGCCAGGUCUACACAGUUGGAGGGCAUGAUGGGACAUCUUACCUCAGCUCUGUAGAAAGGUACAAUCCUGCAACUAAUGAGUGGAGCAGUAACGUAGCUUCAUUAAGUGUCGCCAGGAGUGGAAUUGCAGUGGCCGUCAUAGGGGGGUAUCUCUACGCCCUUGGUGGCUUUGAUGGCAUCACCCCUGUAAGCACAGUGGAAAGAUAUGACCCUCAAAUGAACAUGUGGUUCAGAGUUGCACCAAUGAACGCUCGCCGCACAGGAGCAGCAGUGGCCGUUUUGGAGGGCUACUUGUAUGUCAUUGGAGGAUCUGAUGGGAGCUCACCGCUAAACUCAGUGGAACGUUACAAUCCUGUUGAAGACUGCUGGCACCACUGUCCCUCUCUGAGCUCCUGGAGAGAGAAAGCUGGCUGUGCUGUCUAUCGCAAUAUGAUUUACGUAGCAGGAGGGAAGGAUGAACGCCUAGAGCUCAACACAGUGGAGCGGUUCAACCCAGAAAGCAAUCAGUGGUCAACAGUCAGACCCAUGCAAAACAAGAGAAACCAGGUGGGACUCAUAGUUGUGGAAGGAAUAUUGUUAGCCAUUGGCGGUUCUGACGGCAUUUCUCAUCUGAAAUCAGUGGAAGCCUAUGAUUUGGAAACAAACGCGUGGAGGCACUUCGGAAGUAUGAAGAACAAGCACCCAGGUGGCAGUUUCUGUGUGGUGCAGAUGAAGUAGACAAGUCUGUGACCGUCUGUGGCGUUCAAUGGAUCAUCCAGAUUAAAGUUGGAAAUGAACAAUAGCGUAUGCACUAGAACUGUUAGGAGCUUGAAGCAGCUGAGGCAGAGCACAAUUUUAAAAUGACUCUGAGAAAAUUGUUACUUCAAGCACCUUAAUUAAAUAAUGGCUUUAUGCAGACAGAAGGAAAACAUGGAUUAAAUGUUGAAGCACCCUGCAUAGCUAGAAACUCAGCUGACAUUUGAUUUUCUUUUAUACGUGAAGCUAAACAGGAGCUCAGUAAAAUAAAAUGACCCUGCAUGAGUCAAUGUGCAUGCGUUGGUGUGCCUACAGUGGACUGGCGUCCCCUCCAAAGUGAAUUCUUCCUUUGAAACCAGUGCUGUUGGGAUAAACACUGACCCCUCGCCACUCUAAACUGAAUUAAGCAAGCAGGAAAGUAAAGGGAUGAAAUUUUCAAAUGAGUAAAACAAAAAAGAAACUCAAAUCUAUUAUGCAUGAAGUGAAUAAUUAUGGAAGUAUAAAAUCUGUAAACGGGGGUGAUUUUGAAAAUAUAAAGGCACAAUUGAGACGUUUUGAGAAACACUUGAAUUUUCUGGAUUUCCAUAUGAAUGGCUGUUAAAUUAUGCCCUUAUUAAAAGUCAUAGCAAUAGAUAAUGACAGUCUUAUUAAAAAAACAACACACAAAGUUGUACAUUGUGUGACGGGGGCAUCUCCGUGUAUGCUACCUUUUCCGCAUACAGUAUAUGGUCUAAACAAUAAAGGAAAAUUGCUCUUC